AUGACGGCCGGAUUGAAAACGAUUAUCGCGCUCUCCUUUGUUCUCGCCAUCGGAUUCCUCCUCGUCAUCCUCUCCGCGGCGCUGUUCCAUAACUUCCUCACCCUCCUCGUCGUCGCAACUUAUGUGUUAGCGCCCGUGCCGAACUGGGUGGCAUCAAGAUGUGCCAAUGCAGAUGACUUUAUCGAAAGCAACUCCGGGGCCUGGAUCGACCUAGGUCGGUUUGCUACAGGAUUUCUCGUGCUUAUGGGUAUCGCCUUACCCGUGCUACUUGCUCAUUCUGCCCUUAUCCAAGUUCCGGCCAUGAUCAUGUCCAUCGUGGGCGGGUUGCUGAUAUACGGCACUAUCAUCAGCUUCACCCAGUUUUUCAAGGAGGAGCAAGAUUUUUAA